UAUGCCUGCCUAUUUUCAUCUUUUUCUUCUCUUUUCCAGAUAAACCACGAGACACAAUCACGACCGUAUCAGUAAAUAACAAAACAAUGUCAAGCUUUCCAGUAGAAGUCACUAAAGGUGAUGAAAUUACAUUAAGCUGUAUGUCCAAUGGAAGACCCUCACCUACAUUAGACUGGGUAAACCCCAGUAAUGGCAGCAACAUUGAGAUUGGUCCUGGAUUUCUGCAUAUUCCGUACAUAACCUCAGAACAUCAAGGAAUUUAUAAAUGUAGAGCUACCAAUCAAUAUGGAAGCGAUGAGAAGGAUGUGGACAUCAGGGUCAAAGGUUUAAGAUGGAUAAUAGUAGUGAUCGCAGGAACAGCAGCAGUAUUGACGAUUGUGGUAGUGACGGCCUUGUACUGGAAAUUCAAUGCCCAUAAAAGAGGAAAAUAUAAUGUACAGAAUGCAAAACCCAACAACAAUGCACAGAUCCCCAAUGGGCAUGAAUACCAGAAGAGUUUUCCUUUAAAGAAACUUGAUCCAUAUUGUGGAGAAACAAUUACAAAUGGAUUGAAUCAAUGAUAAAGAUAUUACAUGUCCUGACUUUGAAAAAUAUUCCAAUGGUCCUAUUGUACACAUGGUUACUGAUGUGUGCCGCUCAUUGCCGUGUUAAAGUCUGUACCAGCUGUAAAGACAACUAGUUGCUGACAAGCCUUGUUAUAUUUUGGGCAAUUCUUGAAUUACUGCGGUAAAAAUUUCAAUUUGAUUUUCACAACCAGUAGAUAAUCACCUGAACUGUGGCAUUUAGACAGGCUCAUCACUGUUAACUUCAAAGCUCUGUAAACACAACUGCUUUCCCACUAGCUGACAUAAAGCCUGCACUACAUUGAUUAUUGAUUUGGUUGUAGUUGAUAAAUUGCAGAGCUGGGGGAACACAGCAGGUGCGACAGCAUCUGAGGAGCAGGAAAGUCGACGUAUUGGGUCAGGAUCCUUCAUCAGAAUGCUGUCUAACCUGCUGUCCUCCUCCAGCUCCACGUUUUAUUGACUCUGACUUCCAGCAUUUGGAGUCCUUGCUGUCUCCUUGGUUUGGUUGUAUAUGGUUUUUAUGAUGUACAUUGUACAAACAGAUAAAAUGGGGACUACCAUUGAGAUAUCAUUAAUUUUAAAAUUUUCAUCCUUGUGUUUAAAUGUCACCAUGCCUUUGUUCUCUGUCUGUCUGUGUGGAAUUUGCACAUUCUUCCCAUGUCUGCACUGGUUUACUCCGGGUGCUCUGGUUUCCUCCCACAGUCCAAAGAUGUGCAGG